AUGCAGUUCGGAAAAGCAAUCGGAACUGCAUGCAGUUCAUUCGCAAUUACUAAUAUCGACGCCAUGUUUGUUUUGGUCACGUUAUUUGCAGAGGCGUCAGCUUGCAGGACUAUGACACCUCUUAUGAUUAUUCUCGGCGAAUAUAUCGGGUUUACGGUGAUCAUUAUAAUUAGUAUGAUUGGCUUUGGCGCCUCACUCUUAAUUCCGUCCGAGCCUAUCGGAUUCUUUGGUCUAUUGCCGAUUCUACUGGGAAUCUGGAGGCUACUGAACCUUCUCGUCCCAAACCAGGAAGAAGAAUCAGAGAAAACAAAGCUUGCUGGUGUCAAGAGUGUCUUCAAAGUCUCUCUUAUCACCUUGAUGAAUGGAGGAGACAAUAUCGGAACAUAUGUUCCGCUGUUUGCACAAGCAAAUGCCGCAGAAAUAGCGAUAUACGUUAUCACUUAUUAUAUCCUCGUCGGAGUGUGGUGCCUUGUUGCAUUCCUGGUUAUGAGGCAGAAGCAUAUCCUGAAGAUUGCCAAGCGGUAUGCGAGAGUGGUGGUACCAUUCCUCUAUUUGGGCCUCGGCAGUUACAUUAUUGAGAAGUCCUCUUGCUACCCGUGGUCCAUCCACCGAAUUGACUCUUCGACGUCUAGACACCUUGGCAAACCUGUCAUGGCGGUCACGACUGCAUUUGUUCUGUUGACAUGCGUAGGGACUAUGGCAUGGCUUACGCUACGCAAAAGACGUGCGCUGCGCAUUCCUGAAGUUGACCCUUGCCAAGCAGAGACCACGUCACCUAGUACCGGUACGGAAAAUGCAGUGGGGGACGUAACUCGACAGGGGAACUGCUCCCCAUGCUGCGACCGCCCAGUCACAGAACCCUCCGCCCUAGAAGGGUUUAAAUUGGGAUAUAUCUCUCCGUCUUCGCAAUUCCCCGAUUAG